UAGCAAUCUUGCAUUUAAUGCGAUUGCACGUAAUUUAAGCGUGGAAUAAUUUAAUAUUUCUACUGUUUGACGUUCGCUUAAGUUUCCAAUUAAAGAAUCUCCUAAAAUUUCGGCUAUGACUAAAUUCGACAGUGUUGCAAAACUUUGGAAAGGAGAAGACGAUACAAAUAAACUUUUCCACGAAAAUGUCACUGUAGGUCGUGCUGUGCUGUAUUUACUUAAGAUUAGUUCAGAAAAAAUUUGCCAGAUUAGUGCUGAUGAUGGAAGCCAAAGAACCAACAAUGAGAUUUAUGAGGCAACACUUAGGAUUGCACUAAAGCUUCAGAAACAAGGAUGCUCCAAAGGAGAUGUUGUAGGCUUUGUUUGUCGAAACAGUCACGAUCUCACACCGGCUUUCUUAGCAUCCCAAUACUUGGGAGCUCCUACAAAUGCUCUGGAUAUUUCCUUUACAAAAGAAGAAAUCUCGCAUAUGUUUAGAGCAACUAAGCCAAAAUUUGUCUUCUGCGACAACGAUGCGGUGGGAAAAGUUCAGAGUUCGCUUCAUGAAAUUGGAAAUAGAGCUACAAUAAUCAUAUUAGGGGAGAAAAUAAAUGGUUUUGCUCAUAUUAAUGAUUUCUUGGACGAUGACGUGGAUGAAAGGGAAAUAACAAACUUGGUGCUUCAUCCACCAGAAGUAGACAGAAGAUCAUGCUCAUCCAUCAUCUGCUCAUCUGGAACAACAGGGCUACCAAAAGGUGUUGCAGUUUCUCAUGAAAGCCUACAGAUCAUGUUCUGCAGACCAAUCAACCAACUACUCGGACCAUCAAAUUCAAUAUUCUGCUUUAGUUCACUUUACUGGCUUUCUGGCUACAUUUCGAUGUUUAGAGGAUUCUUCAUGGGUGCUCAGAGAAUAAUCACAACCAAGACCUUUACUCCAGAAUUAAUGAUUUCAAUUAUAAAAGAAUACAACGUUACCCUCCUAAUAAGUCCUCCAGCUCAAGCUGCGCAACUCAUGAAUUGUCCACUCUUUGAAAAAGACACCCUGGCUGGAUUAAAUAACUACACAUGUGGUGGAAGUAUGGUGACUAAAGAGCUGUCUAACAAAAUGAAGCAAUACCUCCCCAAAGGAGCAUUAACUAUUGUCUAUGGCAUGACCGAGAGUGGAACUAUAUCUACUGAAUCUUCUCAGUCAUUAAAAGGUUCUGUAGGAAACUUGACUGCUGGUUGUACUGCAAAAAUUACUGAUGACGAUGGAAGACUUCUAGGCUUCGGAGAAUCUGGAGAAAUCUGCGUUCAAACUAAAAGUCAAUUCCUGGGAUAUUACGGCGAUCCAGAAUCUACUAAGGAAAUUCUAGAUGAAGAUGGGUGGAUUCAUACAGGGGAUCUGGGUUAUUUUGAUGAAGACGGUUUACUUUUCGUAACUGGACGGAAAAAGGAUAUUCUAAAGUAUAACAAUUUCCACGUAACUCCAUCCGAAAUUGAAGAGAUUCUUGAAACUCAUCCAGGAGUAUCCCAAGCAGUUGUUGUUGGAAUUCCUGAUCCAGUCUUUACUGAUCUACCAGCUGCUCUUGUAAUUUGCAAACAGGGAAAACAAGUCUCGGAAGAACAACUCACGGAAAUGAUUGAGAAAACUCUGCCUGACUACAAAAAACUUCGUGGAGGCAUUUAUUUCGUUGAUAACCUUCCAAUGACGGCAUCAGGAAAGAUACAGAAAUUUAGGGCAAAGGACAUAGCAAUUGGCCUGUUUAAACAGAGAACAAUACGCCAUAAAUUGUAAAUCGUAAAUAAGGAACAGUUUUCGAGAUAAUUUCGAUGAAAAAUUGAGUAUUCUGUUUCCUAUUCUCGAUAUUUCGAGAUUUUAACGAUUUUUUUUGAAGAUUUCUUCCCAUGGGUACAAGUCACUUAAUAAAAUUCUCCAAUAAAGUCUUAAACGAUUCUUAA